GCCCCUGCGCGGAAGUGUCCUUAGCGCUGCUGGGAUAGUUGGCGAUAUGCUGCUACAUUACUCGGGCUAAGAUUGUAGAAAACGUGACUCUAUACUGGUAAACAUGGUGACACAUCACUGAUAACUGGCUCCGUAUUCUUGUGUUGAAUCUUGGGUUUCACUAUAUGGAGAAAUGAUGCAGGAGCUAUUCUUUGCAACUGAUCUAUGUUGAGGUCCAAUAAUUAUCCUCUAGAGCACUUUACUUACACCUUCAUGAAGGACACUCUCAAAUCCAUUGUGCUGAAGCUCUGAGAGGAGUGGACUGGCAAUCAUUGGGAUGGCUGAACAGCAGGAAGAUGAUGAACCACUCAUCCUCACCUUGGAGGAAAAUGGAGGCUGUGCUGAUCUCCCCAGUGACAGCAUCAACUGCAGUGAGAUUUCAGACAGAGAUGUGUACAACCUUGGUACAGAUACUGCCCUACAAAUUGGAACUGCAGAUGAGCUUGCUUAUUACUGGGAGACCAGAUAUCAGGAAGCUGCCAUCUAUCUUCAGGAGGGUAAGAAUAACGAUAAGUUUUACACACAUCCUCGGAAUCCUAAGGCUCUCUCUGCAUACCUGUUUGCACACAAUCACCCAUUCUAUAUUUUGGAGAUCUGCACUGCUCUUCUAUUGAUGCUGCUGUCUCUGUGUGAGACCCCUGCUGUCCCCUAUCUGCGUCUUGAUAUCUAUGUCCAUGCCACACUGGAGCUGCUUGCCCUGGCAUGUGUUGUGUUUGAGCUGGGCAUGAAGAUGAGAUGGCUGGGCUGUCGGGCAUACUUAAAGCAUCGCCGGACCAUGCUAAAGAGUUUUGUGCUAUUGGUGCAGUUUAUAGAAGCAAUCGUGGUUCUGGUACGGCAGACCUCACACGUGCGUGUCACGCGAGCCCUGCGUCCCAUAUUUCUUGUGGACUGCAGGUAUUCUGGUGCUGUCAGAAGGAACCUACGGCAGAUCUUCCAGUCGCUCCCGCCAUUUAUAGAUAUUCUCCUUCUUUUGCUCUUCUUCAUGGUUAUUUUCGCCAUAUUGGGUUUUUACUUGUUUUCUCCUAAUCCAUCUGAUCCUUAUUUCAACACACUGGAGAACAGCCUUGUUAACCUGUUUGUGCUCCUGACCACUGCUAAUUUCCCAGAUGUAAUGAUGCCAGCUUUUUCCCUCAAUCCCUGGUCCUGUAUCUUCUUCAUUGUUUACUUAUCUAUUGAGCUGUACUUCAUCAUGAACCUGCUCCUGGCGGUUGUGUUUGAUACGUUUAAUGACGUUGAAAAGAAGAAAUUCAAGUCUCUUUUACUGCACAAGCGUACAGCCACCCAGCACAGCUACCAACUGAUUCUCAACUCGCAGGGUCCUCCGGGAAUUUCCUUCAGCCACUUUGAUGGGAUGAUGAAGUUCUACAAGCCGCGCAUGUCAGCCUGCGACAGAUACCUAACGUUCAGAGCUUUGAAAAGGAACGGAAAUGACACUCUCCGGUUAAAAGACUUCUAUCAUUUUUAUGAAGUGGUGGAUCUGAAAUGGAAGGUGCAGCAGAUUCGUGAGCAUUGGUUUGAUGACCUCCCUCCAACAGCAUACCUUAUAUUUAAAGGUAUCAAUGUGUUGGCAAAUUCCAAAGCCUUCCAGUACACUAUAUAUACCGUUGUUGCUGUUAACGGUUUCUGGAUUCUGACUGAGACCUUCAUGCUACAGGGGGGUAUUUUCUUCCCGCAAGGCGUCCCAUGGAGUUACAUUGUGUUUCUCACAAUAUAUGGGGCGGAGUUGCUCCUCAAGGUGACUGGCUUGGGCCCACAUGAGUACUUUACAUCUGGGUGGAAUCUGUUUGAUUUCUCGGUGACUUUGCUAGCUUUACUUGGGCUCCUGGCUCUGGCCUUCAAUAUGAAGCCAUUUUAUUUUAUUGUAGUGCUGCGGCCUUUGCAGCUUCUUCGACUCUUCAAAUUGAAGAAACGUUACAGAACAGUGUUAGAUACCAUGUUUGAACUGCUCCCAAGGAUGGCCAGCCUGGGGCUCACCCUACUCAUCUUCUAUUAUUCCUUUUCCAUUGUUGGGAUGGAGUUUUUUGCUGGGGUGCUGUAUCCCAAUUGCUGCACUAACAGCACAGUGGCAGACUCUUACCGAUGGCUGAAUCACACAGUGGGAAACCAGACAAGAACUGAAGAGGGCUACUAUUAUCUUAAUAACUUCAACAACAUUUUUAAUAGCUUUGUGACGCUGUUUGAGCUGACUGUAGUAAAUAAUUGGUAUAUCAUUAUGGAAGGAGUCACCUCCCAGACCUCACACUGGGCACGUCUGUACUUCAUGGUGUUUUACAUUGUCACUAUGGUGGUUCUUACUAUCAUUGUGGCUUGCAUACUGGACUCCUUUGUAUUCCGCAUGAAUUACAGCAGGAAGAACACAGACGUAGAAGGUACAGAUGAGAAGGGAAUCACGCUGGAGAUGGAGGUCGGGAGAGAGGAGCUAACUCUGAUUCUUAGACAAACCAAGAGCAGCGAUGAGAAAACCCAGCUACGCAAACUGCUUUCUCAUCUUCAAUCUAAAGAGGCUUCCUCUGUGCUGUUUGUGGGCCGCAGAUCUAGGACCAAGAGUGAUUUGAGCAUGAAGAUGUACGAGGAGGAAAUCCAGGAAUGGUAUAAGGAGCACUCCCGGUCACAGGAGACAAAGGUGAUGGAGCUGCAGCCUACCCCUGGAGGCCUGCGUCCUCGAUCCCGCACUGUUAACUGAGUGUUUUUAGACCGCAUUUAUGCACCUGACUAUGCAAUGACCAGUAUUAACAUUUACACCUCAUUAUUAUAGCCAGCAUAAGCAGAGGUUGCCAUUAGCACACAGUAUUGCUGCAACCGAAGUUGAUUGCAUACCUCUGGCAAUAAAAAAAAAACAAAUGAAGGACUCUUGAUAAAACACCUAAAAAAACUAGCUGAAAAUGUUAAGCUACAAUUUAAAAGAGACUUAAUGUAGUCAUUGUUGUCCUUUCAUCUGAUUUAUAAUAAUUACUUUGCUCCAUCAGGGGUGAUGGGCAGCAAAGCUUUACACCUAUAAACUACAGGCUGUAUAAUUUAGGUGUUUCACAAUAUGUUCUCCUUGGCCAUACAGACUAGAAGCCCCUCCUGAUGCAGUCUUAUCUUUUAACCCCCAAAUGAAGGGCAUUUCCUACAUAAGACAAUCAGGCUUGGCAACUUGUACCCUCCCACAUUGUUGGUCAAACGCAAUGUAAUGAAGAAUACAUCUCUAUAGUUAUCUCCAGCACAGAAGAAGUUAAUGCACAGCUAGAUAAAAUAUAUUAUAUUUGUAAGAUAUUAAUAAACCAGAACUUUUAUAGCUAUGUUUGUGUUAUGUUUCAGCUGUUAACGUUUUGGAAAUGAAACUCAUUGCAAUAAAAUGUAGCCUUUGCUGUUUUUAAUAUGUCUAUGCAACAAUGUAUGUAAAAGCUAUAUUUGAUAUUGAUACAGAGAGCAUGCAAUUAAAUGGUUGUUAUAACAUAUACCAACUACUAUUGAACAUA